AUGACUGAUGAAGUACGCUCAAGCUUCAAUAUGUCAGAUGGCUGUUAUGCACAAUCACAUCAACUUGCCGAACAUAGUACUCAGACAAGAACUCUACCCACUCCUCUGAUUGUUACUUGUAGCAUUCCUAUCGUGAUUGUUAUUCUGUUGACUGUUUUUGGCAACCUCCUAGUGCUAUUCUUUAAAGCUCGUGUUGGUCGAACCAACACAACACUUCUUGUCUGGAACCUCGGCCUCAGUGAUUUCCUCGUCGGAAUAAUCGUGUUGCCACUUGGCGCUUUCCAUCUGGCUUAUCGAGAAUGGAUAUUCGGUCGAUUUUUGUGUCGCGUUUGGGUGGCUGCAGAUGUUACGUUUUGCACAUGUUCAGUGGUAACGAUCUGUGUGAUUUCGGUUGACCGCUACUUAGCGGUAACACGGCCACUCCGUUAUAAAUCGCUAGUGACCAAGACCAAAGUGGUAGUCGUCUUAAUAACUAUAUGGAUGUUCUCUUCAGCAAUACUACUGACCACUAUCCGUUGGGAUCAACCACAAUGUUACGAUGACUCUAGAUGCUUUGCUGGCAAUGAAAUCCGCUACUUGGCUCACAGUGUUGUAUUUGCGUUCUUUCUUCCUGCAUCUGUUACAAUCACUCUCUACUGGCGAAUCUACAAGUUAGCCCGAAAUCGACAAAAAGCACUCGAUCGUGGAUUUCUGAUAAUUCUUAAUAAUAGCAUGAAUUUCUUCUCGAAUACGACCAGUCAUCAGGCAAGACGUUUAAUGAGUUUUCUGAAUCUAAACAAGUCACAGAGCACUCUACGAGUACAUUUCGGGAAGAACAUCAGUAUGAUGGAACAUCAGCGGCGUGUACUACGGACUCACGAGAGAAUCGCGAAGACCCUCGGUGUCGUUUCAUUCUCGUUUCUCUUCUGCUGGCUGCCAUUCUUCACUCUCUACUUGACCAAUUACAACUGCCAUGGAUGCAUUCCGCCGAUCGCCAUCGAUCUUACAAGUUGGCUAGGAUAUUGCAAUUCGACGCUCAACCCGAUUAUCUACUCGUUUACUAUAAGGGAAUACAAAAAGUCAGCUCAACGACUGGUUAUCCCUACAUGGCAGAUCUUAUACCAGUGCCUUCCUAAAUUAAUACCUUUACCGCCCGCUCUCCGUGCGAAACGAUUAUCACAUCACUGUCACCGAGCUAAGAGCAACGCUCAACAUAAGUCAUACGAAUUGGACGGCAGAAAGGUAGCGGUAAUUUCCGGUCGGGUCAGUCAGAAGCGUCAUCAGACCGAACCAUCAAUUUUUGGACAAAAGAAAAAGGUGACUCAAGAUUGA